UAGCCAGCUCGCUACCCGCUGAGCGCUGGCUGGUAACACAGCUCGCCGAAACGAUUGAUCGCGAUCAAAUAACGUUAGAGCUUGCCUCCUAAAUGGCGGAUUGACACGGAUAUCGGAAGGGACACUCUAAAUCAAUGCUUGUGACUCGGGUGUUUUUGGGGAGUGCGUUGGCAACACCCUCCGUAACAUGUGAGAUGUGCACAGAAAGAUAUUAACUGUGCGUUAUUUCGGCUAACUAGCUAGCAGCUACCCCCCUCUCAAUCCCAUUAAUGGUAGCUUGCUCGGUCUGUUUUCUUCAAGCGUCGCGUCUGUAACGGGGAAAAAUGAAGAAGUUUAACAUAAGGAAGGUGCUGGACGGCUUGACAGCCGCGUCUUCUUCCUCCUCCUCCUCCGCAACUGCUCAGCCGGGUACUCCCAGGGAAAACGAUGUUGUCCAGGAGACUCUCCAGUCGGAACAUUUUCAGCUGUGCAAGACUGUGCGUCAUGGCUUUCCAUAUCAACCAUCCUCAAUGGCUUUUGACCCUGUACAGAAAAUUCUGGCCGUUGGAACUCAGACUGGAGCUUUGAGGCUGUUCGGCCGUGCGGGUGUGGAAUGCUACUGUCAGCAUGAGAGCGGUGCUGCUGUCAUCCAGCUCCAGUUCCUCAUCAAUGAGGGGGCGCUGGUGAGUGCCUUAGCUGAUGACAGCAUCCAUCUGUGGAACCUGAGGCAAAAAAUUCCAGCGAUCCUGCAUUCUCUCAAGUUUAACCGGGAGAGAAUCACAUACUGCCACCUGCCCUUCCAGAGCAAAUGGCUGUACAUCGGCUCAGAACGAGGAAACAUCCACAUUGUCAACGUGGAGUCCUUCACCCUCUCAGGCUACGUCAUCAUGUGGAACAAAGCCAUCGAAUUAUCCACAAAGACACACCCAGGGCCUGUUGUGCACAUUAGUGAUAACCCCAUGGACGAGGGCAAGCUUCUGAUUGGAUUUGAGUGCGGGGUGGUGGUGUUGUGGGAUUUAAAAUCCAAGAAAGCUGACUACCGUUACAAUUAUGAUGAGGCAAUCCACUCGGUUGCUUGGCACCAUGAGGGGAAACAGUUUGUCUGCAGCCACUCUGAUGGCACUUUGACCACGUGGAAUAUACGAGCCCCAGCCAAGCCUGCACAGAUCAUCACGCCACAUGGAAAACAGCCUAAGGAUGGAAAAAAGCCAGAACCAUGCAAGCCUAUACUAAAAGUGGAGUACAAAACUACAAGAGCUGGGGACCCGUUCAUGGUCGUGUUUGGAGGACUGUCGUACGACACGGUGGGGAGGAGAGCCUGUUUGACUGUGAUGCAUGGAAAGAGCACUGCCGUCCUGGAGAUGGACUAUCCUAUCGUAGAUUUCCUAACGCUCUGCGAAACUCCAUAUCCAAACGACUUUCAGGAGCCUUAUGCUGUGGUGGUCCUCCUUGAGAAGGAUCUAGUUGUAAUAGAUCUUGGACAGAUUGGGUAUCCAAUAUUUGAGAGCCAAUAUCCUCUUACUAUCCAUGAGUCACCGGUGACGUGUUGCGAGUAUUUUGCUGACUGCCCUGCUGAACUCAUUCCUGCACUUUACUCUGUCGGCAGCCUGCAAAAACGACAAGGCUACAGCAAGAAGGAAUGGCCCAUUAGUGGUGGAAACUGGGGCCAAGGCACCCAGAAUUACCCAGAGAUCAUCAUCACAGGGCAUGCUGAUGGGUCAAUCAAGUUUUGGGAUGCGUCUGCAUUAAUGCUUCAAGUGCUGUACAAGCUGAAGACUGCCAAGGUAUUUGAGAGGGCCCGAGGUAAGGAGGAGAAGCCGAACACCGACAUAGUGGACGAAGACCCGUUCGCCAUCCAAACCUUGUUCUGGUGUCCGGAGAGCAGGAUGCUCUGCGUGGCUGGAGUUUCUGCUCAUGUCAUCAUCUACAGGUUCAGCAAACAGGAAGUCACCACUGAUGUUGUUCAGCUGCUUGAGGUACGGAUGCAGUGCGAGUUCGGCGAGGUAGACUCCCCCGAUCCGGGAGGAGAGCAGACCCCCACCCUGCCGACCUCUGCAGCUUCCUCCAGCCCUCAGGAGGCCGAGCCUCCAAAUCAGCUCUCCGCAGGCAUCAACUCCUCUGAAGGACCCAGAGACAAUAUACCAUGCCUACAGGUGCGGAGCUCCCCGCUGAAGCAGUCUCCGGGCUACCAGGUGGAGCUGGUGGUCCAGCUGGUGUGGGUGAGUGGGGAGCCGCCUCAGCAGAUCACCAGCCUGGCAGUCAACUCCUCCUUUGGUCUUGUGGUGUUCGGAAACAGUAAUGGUCUGGCCGUGGUGGACUACGUCCAGAAGACCCUCCUGCUCCACAUGGGAACUUCGGAGCUGUACAGCCCAUCUGACCCCUGCCAGAGGCAGCCCCACUCCCCACGUAAACCACGACAGCCUUCUGGAGGACUUUGUGAUUCCAACGACGGGUCUAACAACUCAGAGGACCGGUGCAAAUCCCCCACAUCAGGAUCUACCUCACCCUGCAAUUCAGAUGAUGAGCGAAAACAAAACUUCAUAGAGAAGGUGAAGUUCAAAAGCAGACGCUUUUCCAAGACGGUUGCCAAUGACUUUGCCAAGAUGUCACGGAAAAUUAGCUCAUCUGGUGAGCAAAAGCCAGAGCUGGAGGAGAGGUCCCAGCGGUGGUCCACUCGGACCUGUAAAUCGCGCUUUUGUAGUGUGAAAAAUGGCAAGAUGGCAGCCAGGAUGACCCAGAAGUUGAAAGUACUUAAAACAAAUUCAGGCCCCAACCGAUAUGGAAAGGAUAACGCAUUUACCCGCUCACGGAGCUCAAGUGUAACCAGCAUAGACAGAGAAUCUCGAGAGGUCAUCUCCUCCUUUUACUUCUGUGAGAGUUUCCCCAAGAAGUCAGACAGCCUGGUCAGCCCCUGCCUGUUAGUGGGGACCACCCAGGGCUCUGUGAUGAUGGUGGCCCUCUGCCUGCCACCAGGCAGCGAGCAGAAAGUCCUGCAACCAGUCAGCUUCGCCACCUGCGGCACCUUGGUCAGACUCAAAGGAGGUAUCCUGACUAUGGCUCUUCUGGAUGCUGGUGGAACUCUGCUGCCCCCUUCCGACGAACCGUGGUAUGACCCAAAUGCCUCAGACGAAGAGAAAGAGAAGGUGCGGAGGCGUAGGCCAGCCACCCCUCCAUCUUCACAGGAAAGCCAGGACACUCAGUUUGCUGUGCUGUGUUCAGAGAAGCAGGCCAAGGUGGUGGGCAUGCCUUCCCAAACCCGCAUCUACAAACACAACAUCACAGAGACCUCUUUUGUGCUGCGGGCUGAUGUGGUACAGACGGGUGGGGCUUACUGCAUCGCCUGUUUCUGUGCCAACGGUCACAUUAUGACUCUGAGUUUGCCCAGCCUGCGACCUCUGCUGGACGUAAACUACUUGCCGCUGACAGACAUGCGGAUAGCCAGAACGUUUUGCUUCUCUAACUUGGGCCAGGCUCUGUACCUAACCUCCCCCACUGAGAUCCAGAGGAUUACCUACAGCCAGGAGACUUGUGACAACCUUCAGGAAAUGCUCAGUGAGUUAUUUACCCCUGUGGAGACGCCGGAGGCUCCAAACAGAGGCUUUUUCAAAGGCCUUUUUGGCGGAGGAGCUCAGUCUUUGGACAGGGAGGACCUCUUCGGUGAAACAACGGCUGGUAAGGCCUCGCGCAGCCUGGCCCAGCACAUCCCCGGCCCAGGCGGCAUGGAGGGCAUGAAGGGAGCGGCUUCUGGGGUCGUGGGAGACCUCGCCCGUGCCAGAGUGGCACUGGACGAGAGAGGGCAGAAACUGGGAGAACUGGAGGAGAGGACGGCAGCCAUGAUGGCCAGCGCAGAGUCCUUCUCAAAACACGCUCACAACAUGAUGGUGAAGUACAAAGAUAAAAAGUGGUACCAGCUCUGAUGACAGCGAGUGGAGCGCUGGACUCUGUUAUCAUACACACCAGUAUCUCUGAGGAGCUGGGGCUCCUUCUCUUUUCUUCUGUUUCUUUCCCCAUGGGUGGUGGAGGGGGUGGGGAUUUUGGCUCUGCUCAGCCCAAUAUCUUCGACCUUCAUUACUCCAAUCAACAGAGAUGAGAAGUCAGGUCUUUUCACCCUAAAGUUCUUUGGCUUCUCUUCUUCCGUUUCACCUGAGAGCGAUAGAAGAUCAGUGCAGACCUGCAGAGAUGGAACCUUUCACAUUUGUCAUCCACUCGAACAUGCUCCAUACACACACACACACACAUACACACACACACACACACAUAUCUUCAAACAUGUUGAGGAAGAAAGGACAAUUUUGUAAAAAUAAUGUUCCUGGCCUGGCUGCACUUUUUUUUUUUCCUUUAUAAGCCCUUUAUUGUGUCUGCCGAACACAGUGAACUUAAAUGAGGAGAAAAGUCUGAUCCUUCAAGACGAAUCAAGAGUGUGUAUGUUCCAUAGGAAUGACUGUGAUGGACUUCUGUUUGGUUUUUUUGUUCUGAAUCGUUCUUUUUGUUCGUUCUCUUUGUUUUGUCUGUACUUUUUUUUAAUGUUUUCUUCAUCUAGAAAGGCCUUUAAGCACUUAAAAUAGUAAAACCGAUAAAUUAGACAGAGAGAUGAUGAAUCUGUUGCCUCCUAACUGAACAAGGGCUGGUAGUUCAGUAGCUAAUCACCAACCUUUUCACAGCUACCAAGCUGCUUUAGGCAAGAAUGUUUUCUGAGAGUCACUUUGGGUUUUAUUUAAGAAAUAGAAAUAUUUUUGCCAUUGUAGAUUAUGCAGGAAGAUUAUGUGUUGGGCAUUAAAUGAGCAAAAAAAAAAAGUGCUUUAAAUGUUUACCCCCGAUGAAGAGUUUACAUUGUUCUCCCUAACAAAUUGUUUAGUUGAUACACUGGAAAACCCCUGAGGGUCUUAGGACCUUUGGCUUUCAAGGGGUUGUUUUGGUCCGACCAUGUGUUGACAGGCUAAACAAAGUUGCAUUAGUUGUGUAUUUUGCUUAGACGUUUUUUGGGAUAUAAAGCAACCUUUUUUACAUCCUGUUGUAGCUGAAGUUGAUUUUUGUCUUGUUUCUCAAUGCAUAUUGAAGAAAAAGCGUGUGCCUCUUACAGCACAACGGAAGAGAUGAUGCUGUGUUUGCAUUCGUAGCUGCCGGUUGACAUGACCGAGCUCAAUGAAGUGCUCCACACAGUGCCACAGAUCGUGUCCUUAUUAACACUGUCUCUCUUUUUUGCCCCAUGGCGUACAUACGCUAACCUCUAGCUAUGCGUGUACUACUGUGACUUGCAAAAGUGUUCAUCCCUAAUGAGCUUUUUCACAUCCACCGACACAAAGCAAUGCUAAAUUGUGACGGCGUAGGAAUAUUAAACAUGGUUUUCAUAUCUUUUUACAAACAAAUCUGUGAAGUGUGGCAUGCUUUGGUUUUCAGCCUCCACCUUGUAAUUACAGGGUUUUGGUGAAUGUCUCUACCAUUCUUCUUUGUCAGUUUGGAUGUGAACAUCAAUCUUACUUUUGCUAAAGAUUUUCAAUUAGAUUUUGGUUUGGACUUUGAGGACCAUUCUGACAAAGCAAUAUGCUUAAAUCUAAACUUCUGGCUGUUUUGUUUUGGGUCUCUAUCGCCCGUUGCCACAGUUGGAACCCUUUUUGCAUCCUCCAUCCAUCUCCCCCAUCUACCCUGCUACCAGCUUCCCUGUCCAUGACAAGAAUUCACACUGCAUGAUGCUCCCACCACCAUGUUUCAGUGUUAGGAUGGUGCGUUUAGGGCCGUGAGGGCCGAUGUCCUGCAUGUUUUAGAUGUCUCCUUAAAGCGGGGAAACAUCUAAAAUGUGCUGGACACCGGCCCCCGGGACCGACUUUGGACACCCCUGGUUUAGGGUGAUGUGCAAAGUUGGUUUUCAUCUCCAGUCUUCUGAGAGAUGUUCAACGCUUGGAAUAUUGUUUUAUAGCCUAACUCUGCUUUAAAUCUUUCGACAACUGCAUCCCUGACCUGCCUGCUGUGUUCCUGCUUUGUGCUAUUUGUUCACUUUAACUACACACAAUUGCACUCUAUUUGCUAAUUAUGUGACUUUUUAUUUAGUGCUGUCAGAGGAAAGGGGGGUGAACAACAUACAUGCCACAAUUACUUUAUUUUUAUUAGUCAAACAUAAUAAAAAUCGACACAAUCCCAACAAAAUAUUGUUUUUGAAGACAAUUGUUUUUUUGUCGUAACAUAAAAUACAAAACAAAACUCCAAGGGAUUUGAAUGCUCUUGGUAAGCACUGUAGAGGUGUGUGUUUGUGAACAUGCAUGUAUUGAGGAAUAUAUGUCUGGCCGCCAGCGUUCAUAGCACCACAUUGCUGCAGUGCAUAACAGCAGAUCUUUAAGAGGUUUCAUUUUGCUGGAGUGUUUUUCCAUUGGAUCAUUUUGUUCCCUUUCAUUACCUGCAAGGAUCUACUGCUGUUUGUGUUUUAAUAAGGAAGCGUGUUUAGCUUUGCGUGGAGAAACGAGACGUUGUCAGACCAGAUUGCUGCCAAAUCUUGUAAAUAGCAGGACGGUUUUACCGCGCAGGCUUAGGCAAGGUGACACACCAUACGCGUCCGGCCAUGUUCUUUUCUGACACCAAAGAGUUACCCUAAUUCACAAAGUUGUCUUUAUUUAUAUGUUUUUCCCUCCGAAAUGAUAAGAGCAAAUUGUGACACUUGUCGGAGUCUACUGUGUACAUGAAGAAGAGCAGGUUGACUUCUUUCAUAUGAGUAGGACAGUUUUUCACCGCCUCAACUUGCUUUGUUUUUGUUCAGAAGGGCGAGUUGGAAGAGUUUCAUUCCGAACUGAAUUAUCCACCAGAGAAAACCCAGCCACGAUCGACUGAAAUAGAGAACCAACCGUGAAGUAAAAGCUGUUUGCUCGGUCACCAAAAGGUCUUACGGUGGAUACAGCAGCUUGGAAUGAAACCCUUCACAGCUGAUUUUAAUCUACUCCACUGUAUACUACUGAGAUCAACCCAUUUGGAAGAGCAAAAUAAGUGGGUUUUGCACUAUUUUUUGUACUUUGUAAUAUUUUGUUAUGAUUUUUAAUGUGCUUAUUCCUGUCUUUGUUCUUUGAAGGACCAAAACAUCGUAUAACCUGUGCUUAUUUGUCAUUUGCUGAUUAUUUCUUCAUUCUCAGAUUUGUUUUUCAUGUCAGAUUAAAGAAACUAUGAAAUAUUUA